AUGCUGUACCUCGUGGGCCUCGGUCUUGCCGACGAGAAGGAUAUCACGGUCAAGGGCCUCGAGGUUGUCAAGAAGGCGGAGCGUGUCUAUCUCGAGGCCUACACGGCCAUCCUGCUCGUCGAGAAGGAUGCGCUGGAAGCCUUUUAUGGCCGCGAAGUCAUCGUAGCCGACCGCGAGAUGGUCGAGUCUUCCAGCGACGACAUCCUCAAAGAUGCAAACAAGGUCGACGUCGCAUUCCUCGUGGUGGGCGACCCGUUCGGAGCAACAACACACACUGACCUCGUCCUCCGCGCCCGCGAACUCUCCAUCCCCACGCGCUCCAUCCCGAAUGCCAGUAUCCUCACCUCCAUCGGCGCAACCGGCCUCCAGCUCUACAACUUUGGCCAGACCGUAUCCAUGGUCUUCUUCCUGGAGAACUGGAAGCCUGCCUCCUUUUACGACCGCAUCCGCGAAAACACCUCCAUUGGUCUGCACACCCUCGUCCUGCUCGACAUCAAGGUCAAGGAGCAGUCACUCGAGAAUAUGGCCCGCGGUCGCAAGAUCUACGAACCCCCGCGGUACAUGACGGUUGCCCAGUGCGCACAGCAGAUGCUGGAGAUCGAAGAGGACGUCAAGAAGGAGGGCGUCUAUUCGAAAGAGAGUUUGGCCGUGGGCGUUGCGAGGGUUGGAGCAGAGGAUCAAAAGAUUGUGGCGGGCACGUUGGGAGAGUUGUGUGAUGCUGAUCUAGGGAAGCCGUUGCAUAGUCUGGUCUUGCUUGGGCGGAGGACGCACGACCUGGAGAGGGAUUUUCUGGAGGAGUUUGCCAUGAACAAGGAGACGUUUGGGCAGGUGUGGAAGAGGGACUACGAGGGGAAGGCAUGA